ACAGAGAAUGCCACAGCAAGCCGAGACUCAAGUGUUCAGCCAGGGCGAAAAAUUACUCGUUUUCUUAAAGGUGCUUACAGUUUAGACUUAAGACCUAACUGCAUCCCGGCUCAUGCUAGAAACCUUACAAAUAACAUGCCAGAGGGAGUGAAUGCGCAAGCUUCUGGGAUCCCCAUGUCCAAUGCGAUGGGAUCCUUUAAGAGGAGGAAGAGGAAGUCCAUCAUAGUGACCGGGAUGCUGUUUGUGGUGUCUAUGCUCAUCCUCGUCUUUGGCUUGGCUGCUACCACAAAAACACAGAACAUCACAGUUGGAGGCUACUAUCCUGGAGUCAUCCUCGGUUUCGGUUCAUUUCUGGGAAUCAUCGGGGCUCAUUUAAUAGAGAAUAAGAGGCAGAUGCUGGUGGCCUCCAUUGUCUUCAUCAGCUUUGGCGUGGUGGCUGCGUUCUGCUGUGCGAUUGUGGACGGCGUGUUUGCCGCAAGACACAUAGAUCUCAGACCUGUUUACGCUGGACGGUGUGAAUAUCAUUCCAGCUUAAAUACUUUUGACUUGGUGGUAAACUGCCCUACGUCAUCUCGUGUGCCAUGUAACCUGCGUGUGAAGAGUAAAACCUGCUACUGCUGUGAACUCUAUACCUGUGGCAACCAUGUUGACCAAAGAGGAGGCUACCACGAGUACACAGAAGUGCGGAGCUGUCAAGAUGUUGUGCAUCUCUACCACCUGCUGUGGACUGGCACCGCUCUCAACAUCAUCGCCCUCUUUCUGGGAAUCAUCACAGCAGCUGUGCUUGGAGGCUUCAAGGAUAUGGUGCCAACUGCCUCCCCUGAGAUAUGUGAGCCAGACCCUCAGCUCAACCCAAUGCCCCCUGAGACUGCUCUUCCAACUGCCUCCAACUCUUUCUACAACACUGCCCCCUGCCUUCCACCUUAUACAGCCUACGACCUGCAGGGCCCCAUUAUGUUCCCUGACUCCUCUGGGAUUUCUGAUGACUCGCAGUCUGGAGCCAGUCACAUGUGGCCCACCAUGAUUCCUCCACAAUACUCUCCUCCGUAUUACCCACCUGAUGAGAAGCCUCCACCAUACAGCCCUUAACAGACCGUGUGAAGGACAGCGAGAGGUCUGCAAGGAAAACGGUCGUAUAUACCUUGAAUAAUUGGUAUACGGUUGGUAUGAGCUACGAUUGCCCUGAAGGCUAACUGCACGGGUAUUGCUGUUUGAUAUCUGCUGCAUGGAAGCAGAUCACAGAUGUUGGAUUGAACCAGGAUGGUCUUCCAUACAAAGUGGAAUUUACCAUGUUGGAUUUGCGCAGACCUUCAGAAUAGAUGAUUUCUGCACUCUGUCAUGAUGAACAUGAAGACUAUUCACAGAUUUGCCUUAAAAGUGUCUUUGUGCACCUGU